UAUGAACGCAGGCGUGAUAUUUGAGACCGAUUUUGAACUGUGCAAGCAACCCUGCCACGCAACCUUUCUAUCUCCAUUCCGUCCUGCGCAGGCAACAUCGUUUGUCUGUCCUGGUCGCGCUCUCACCAAAGGAAGGCAGGCGCCCGACUGACUGACCGACCAAAACGUCCCUCCAGCAGAGAUUUGACUUGCGAAAUCUCUCUCAAUCGAAGACGACACCACUGUCCUCCACAUGGCUUCUUUCCUGACCACCAUCAAUGCCCGCACCCGAGGCCAGUUCAAACCGCAACGCGCCAACAAGGGAACCUCAAGCUAUCAGCUGAGACAAUUCGCCGAGGCGACGCUAGGAAGUGGCAGUUUGAGAAAGGCCGUCAAGUUGCCAGAGGGGGAAGAUCUUAACGAAUGGCUGGCAGUCAACGUGGUCGAUUUCUACAACCAGAUCAACUUGCUUUAUGGAUCCAUCACCGAGUUCUGCUCACCGCAGUCGUGCCCCGAGAUGAAAGCCACCGAUGAGUUCGAGUAUCUUUGGCAAGACGCUGCAACUGGUUUCCCGAAACCCACUAAAAUGCCCGCUCCGGAAUACAUCGAACAUCUCAUGACCUGGGUGCAGUCCAAUGUCGACAACGAGAGCACUUUCCCCUCCCGGAUCGGCGUCCCCUUCCCGAAACAUUUCCCCUCUACUGUCCGACAACUCUUCAAGCGCCUCUACCGCGUGUACGCACACAUAUAUUGUCACCAUUAUCAAGUGAUCGUGCACCUCGGGCUGGAACCGCACCUGAAUACGAGCUUCAAGCAUUUCGUACUCUUUGUGGACGAGCAUGGUCUUGAAAAGGGCGGGGGUAAGGAUUACUGGGGCCCUCUCGGUGAUUUGGUGGAGAGCAUGCUGAAGAGCGAUUGAGUCGACUUCGGUCUGUUCGAGCCGAAAGAGUUGAUGAAGUGGUGGAAGUCAUGUCUGAUGACACCUGGGUUGGGUUGCGUUCAAAGAGGCAGAACAGGCAUGGAACAGGGUGUACUGUACCGAUCAGCGAGGCGUUUUCACGGGUGGUUGUCGGGGACGAUGGGCUUUCAGGUUCGAGGGGACGACGGAUGCUGGCAUUAGAUCCGUUUAUGUUUUGAUUGAUCGAUCAACAUGCGCGAUGAGUUCUUGACUUUUUACUGAUGGGCACACGUUCAGGACAGGGGGGUCUAGCUCGCGGGCGUUGGGUACUCCAGAAUACAAGAGGUCCCAGUGUCAACUCAUCUUUGAGCCGCGGGGACUGCUAACGGACGGCGAUAAUGGCUGUGGCCAAGAAAGGGCCAGCACAGGAAACAGAUACGGAGUUACGGGCUCACAAGGUCUUUUUCAUGA